AUGCAUAUACUACGAUGGACAUUUUUGUUGUUCACAUUGUGCGGCUGUUACCCGCCUCUUUCGUGGAAGACACCUCUGCAAAAAUUUCUGUAUGAAAUUUAUACAGUAUUCUCAUUUCUGGUUCUCAAUAGUUUCUUGCUUUUUCAAAUAUUAGAUAUGAUAUGCAACGUAGAAAACACAGAUGAUUUCAGCGAUAAUUUCUCCGUGACAGUGGUGGUGUUUGUCACGUGCAUCAAGCUUUUCACUAUACUGGUAUAUCGAGCAAAUUUCCUACUUUUGUGCAAUACGCUUCAAAGGGAGCCAUUUUUACCAAUGAACGAAGAAGAGUUCGAAAUUCUGUUGAAAUUCGAGAAAAUUACCGAUUGGAACACACUUGGUUACAUGACCCUGCUCGUGAUUUCUGAUUUCUUUAUACUCGUAGUGUCGCUUCUAGCAAAUUUCAAGAACCGAAAACUAGCGUUUCGAACAUGGAUACCAUACGAAUACUCGUCGUUAUCUGCAUAUCUGCUUACUUUCCUUUAUCAGUCGUUAUUCACGGCGAUAUGCACCUUUGGAUGCGUCGCUAGCGACUCUCUGUACAGUGGCCUGUUGAUACAUAUUAACUGCCAAUUCGAAAUACUAGAGCAUCGUCUGAAGAACAUCGAAUCGAACCAGAAUUAUUCAGUGAAGCUGUGUGUUCAUCAUCACGAUCAUAUCUACAAAUUUGGCGAAAUGGUGAACGAGGAAUUUAAAAUGAUCAUGCUUUUUCAAUUCUGUACAAGCCUGUCUACGAUCUGUUUCAAUUUCUAUCGAAUAACACAAAUCGAAAUGGAUUCGAGAUUCGUAGGAACGCUUCUCUACAUGGCCUGCUCGUUGAUGCAGAUAUUUUACUACUGCUGGUUCAGUAAUGAAGUCAAACUCAAGAGUUUGGAACUUUCUGAUAUGAUAUUCAGAACUGACUGGACAUCGUUAAAUAACAACGUUAAGAGAGCUUUUUUGAUGUUAAUGAAGCGUGCUAUGAGGCCGAUCGAAUUUACCAGCAUUUACGUCAUCUCCGUCAAUCUUGAGUCCUUCAUGACACUUCUGAAGACUUCUUACUCAGCGUUCAAUGUUUUCCAACAGAGCCGGGAAUCAUGAAAAUGCGGGAAUUCUCUUAAUUUAGAACCGUCUGCCUUCGAUACUUCCGAAUAGAAUAAUAAUUGUCCACUUAGAAAAAGGAAGAGAAAAAAGCAAAUCGAACACAACACGCGAAACGUGCAACAGAGUAUCUAGAGUGCAUUCCAAUAAAUUAUU